ACGCGACCUUGAGAGAGAGAGAGAGACAGAGAAAGAUGUCGGGUUACCCACCGCCACCGAACUACGGCUACGGGCGGCCGCCGCCGCAGGCCCACCCCUACACCUCCGGGCAGACCCCCUACGGCGUCCCCCCACCAACCUCUCAGGGGUCAUCUCAUUCUCAGCCGCCGUAUGCCACUCCUUACAGCGCUCCUUCCGCUCCCUACGCGCCUUCCGGUCAUGGAGACAAGCCGCCAAAGGACAAGCCCAGCCCCUACGGCGUCGGAGCUCCUCCUCCUCCUUCAGCUCCCGGCGGCUACGGUGUCAGUUACGGAGCUCCCCCACCGCCUACUACCAGCGGUUACGGAGCUCCCCCACCGCCUGCUACCAGCGGUUACGGAGCUCCCCCACCGCCUGCUACCAGCGGGUACGGAGCUCCCCCUCCGCCCAGCGGGUAUCCCUCAGGGCCGCCGCCUUACGGGAGCCCGUUCGCGUCGCUGAUGCCGUCUCAGUUCCCCCCGGGGACGGAUCCGAACGUGGUGGCGUGCUUUCAGCUGGCGGACAGGGACGGGAGCGGAUUCAUAGACGACAAGGAGCUGCAGAGCGUUCUGUCUUCGUACAAUCAGACCUUCAGCAUGCGGACCGUUCACCUACUCAUGUACAACUUCACCAACACCAACACCCGGAAAAUCGGACCUAAGGAGUUCACUUCGGUUUUUUAUAGUCUCCAGAGCUGGAGGGCCAUAUUCGAGAGAUUUGACGGGGAUCGGAGCGGCAAGAUCGACAUGAAUGAGCUGAGGGAAGCACUCCUCAGCCUAGGGUUCGCCGUGUCACCGGUCGUCCUGGAUCUGCUCGUCUCUAAGUUUGAUAAGACCGGAGGCAGAAACAAGGCUAUCGAAUACGAUAACUUCAUUGAAUGCUGUCUUACGGUAAAGGGACUAACGGAGAAGUUCAAGGAGAAGGACACAUCGUACUCAGGCUCCGCAACCUUCACGUAUGAGGCUUUCAUGCUAGCCGUUGUUCCCUUCCUUAUAGCCUAAAGGAGGGGCGUCUCUUUUAUUUUAUUUUUUGGUUGGUUUGGCACUGCUUGGCUUUCAUAUGUAAUAUGGAAUCUCCUCAUCUUAUUUCCUUUUCUUUUGAAAAAGAAUUUCAUGUAUAUUCAUGGAAGCUAUAAUAAGAUUUCAAGUCUCUCUUCGACCAACA